AUGUGGGGUGAAUUGCCGAGGACGGAACAAGACUUCAGGGUUAAGCAGGAGAUGGCUGCCGGUGAAGGUGAGAUGGAUGAACAUCUUAUUGCAGUCACAGAGAAAGACAAUGUUCCGAGUCAGAAGGUCCUGCUAAAAGCGGGAUUUGAAAAAUUCAGAGAGUGGACUGAGGGGAGCGAGGAUGCCUCGAAGGGUAUUGUGAAUCUUGUGGGAUUCCGGUAUUUCCCUUCCAGGUAG